UAUAAUGAUCUUCCAUUAGAUAUUGCUGCUGAGAUUGCUAUGCGUCUCACUUUAGUUGAUUACUUGCACAUGCGCACUACUUGUACAAUGUUUCGGUCGGUAUCCCCUCCUGUUGAUUGGAAGAAGAAGGCCCUGGAAGGGUUGGAGCUCCCUCCACUGUCCCAAUGGCUUAUCUUCUUCGAGAAAGAUGGUGUUUGCUCCUUGGUUGACCCAAGACAUGGUGACAAGUAUCUAAUAAGCUUACCUCCUUCAUUAUCAAACUGUGGGAUUUACUAUUCAAAGAAUGGGUGGCUGCUAAUGUCUGGGAAUACGAAUUCUACAUUCCUGUUUAAUCCGUUCACUAGAAAAAUCGUCCCAUUUCCAAAAGAUGAUAUUCCCUAUCGUUUCUUUACUUCUAACAUGGGCUUUUCCUGCUAUCCAACCUCUUCAGAUUGUUUGGUUGUUGUGUUUGGUCAAAAGUUCUAUGAAAAAGUUAACCUAAGCUACACUCGUCUAGGGGGCCAAGGAUGGACGGAUGUUGACUUUGUCUUCUGUGAAAAUAGCCCGGUAUUCUAUCAGGGAGCAUUCUAUUGUUUGGGACGUGGUGGAAAUCUUGGAGUUCUACAAUUUACAGCCGGUGAGGUCACCUGGAGAGUUCUUCCCAAGCCUACAAGGCCUUGCUGCUCCUACCAUCAGAACUUUCUGGUGGAAUGUAAUGGGGAGCUUUUGUCUGUGUUUGUUGGUGAAUUUGGAAAAGGGGUUCGGAUUUUCAAGCUGAAUCACUUUCCAAUGGCAUGGAUCGAGGUUGAAAGUUUGGGACAUUAUAUGAUUCACAUCAGUCGUUCUUCUUCUCUUGCUGCAAUGGCAACAGCCCCUGGCAUGGAGAACAAAAUCUACUUCCCCAGAUUCUGUGGCCAAAGUGGUCACAGCAUUGUGUUUUACUCUCUCGAUACAAAGAAAUUUCAUUCAUUUGAGAGUGGGGAUGCAGACGAAGAUUUCUAUAGCACUAGAGCACAAUUGUGUUCCUGCUGGAUUGAACCUACUUGGUGUUGA